AUGGGCCAGUGUGAAGUUCCGCGAGAUCCCCGCUACCCUGACUGUCCUGGCAAAGUGGAUUGGAUGCGCGCCCGGUGGACCUCGGACCCCUGCUACGCCUUCUACGGGGUGGACGGCUCGGACUGCUCCUUCCUCAUCUACCUGAGCGAGGUGGAGUGGUUCUGCCCCCCGCUGGCCUGGAGGAACCACACCACCACCGUCUCCACGGUUGUCAAGAAGAGCUCCACCAAGAGACAGGCGGCGUUCCGUACGGACCUGGCGUCUCUGCUGGAGCAGGUGGGCACGGGGAAGGAGUCGCUGAGCUUCAUGAAGAGGAGGAUCCGCAGGCUGGCCGCCCAGUGGGCCACCGCCGCCCAGCGCCUGGACACCAAGCUCUACCGCCGCUGGAGGGAGCAGAAGAAGAUCCUGGUGCACGUGGGCUUCCUGACGGAGGAGUCCGGCGACGUGUUCAGCCCCAAGGUGCUGAAGGGCGGCCCGCUGGGGGAGAUGGUGCAGUGGGCCGACAUCCUGACCGCCCUCUACGUGCUCGGACACAACCUCAAGAUCUCCGUCUCCGUCAAGGAGCUGCAAGGGUUCCUGGGCGUGCCCCCUGGGAGAGGAAGCUGCCCUCUGACUGGCCCGCUGCCCUUUGACCUCAUCUACACGGACUACCACGGCCUGCAGCAGAUGAGGCAACACAUGGGCCUCUCGCUCAAGAGACACAAGUGCCACAUCAGAGUGAUUGACACGUUUGGCACGGAGCCCGCCUACAACCACGAGGAGUACGCCACCCUGCACGGCUACAGGACCAACUGGGGCUACUGGAACCUCAACUCCCGCCAGUACAUGACCAUGUUCCCCCAUACGCCGGACAACUCCUUCAUGGGCUUCGUGUCGGAGGAGCUCAACAACACGGAGAAGCGCAGCAUCCAGCUGAACAAGGUGCGCAACAUGGCCGUGGUCUACGGCAAGGAGGCCAGCAUGUGGAAGGUAAGAGGCAAGGAGCGCUUCCUGCAGAUCCUGCACCGCUACAUGGAGGUGCACGGCACCGUCUACUACGAGACGCAGCGGCCGCCCGAGGUGCCCGCCUUCGUCAAGAACCACGGCCUGCUGCCGCAGCACGAGCUGCAGACCCUCCUGCGCAAGGCCAAGCUCUUCAUCGGGUUCGGCUUCCCCUACGAGGGCCCGGCUCCCCUGGAGGCCAUCGCCAACGGCUGUGUGUUCCUGCAGCCGCGCUUCCGGCCGCCGCACAGCUCGCUCAACCACGAGUUCUUCAGGGGGAAGCCCACGUCCAGAGAGGUGUCCUCGCAGCACCCGUACGCAGAACAGUACAUCGGGCCGCCGCACGUCAUGACGGUGGACUUCAACAACUCAGACGAGUUUGAGUCGACCAUCCGGGAGAUCAUGAGGACUCAGAUGACUCAUGACCAGCCGCCCGCGGUGGAUGACCGACCGUGUCCGUGUCCGGCGCCCUCAGACUGGACCGCUGGAGUGACCUGUAGACUAGAGCGUCCAGAGCAGGGAUUUCUGCAGCCCCGGAGGAACCCCUUCCCUCCGCCCAACGGCUCCCAGGCGUGGCAGGGGAACCCGUUUGUGCGUCUGCCCAACGCCACGUCCCUGGGCUGGGCGUCCAACGCCAGCGCGCCCCCCUGCUGGCCCCCGCUGAGCGCGCUGCGGCUGCUGGCGUCGGCCGAGGGCCAGUCCUGCGUGGAGGCGUGCGCCCGCGCCGCGCUGGUGUGCGAGCCCGCCUUCUUCCGCUUCGUCAACAACAAGGAGGCCCUCGCCCGGCUGGAGGUGCAGUGUGAGGCGGUGGAGGCGGAGGUCAACCACGUCUUCCCGGCGUUCUCGGCCCCGCGGCGCGAGUGCUGCCUGCAGAAGGAGCCGCUACUCUUCAGCUGCGCCGGCCACAGCCCCAAGUACCGCCGCCUCUGCCCCUGCAGGGACUACCGCCGCGGACAGGUGGCGCUGUGCCGGGACUGCUUAUGAUGAAGAGGGAGGGAAAAAAGACGAGUCCCCUCUUCCUCCUCCUCCUCUUCGACGACCCUCUCAUCCCCCUCUCCCUCCCUCCAUCCCUCCCUUACUCCACCAAAACGCUCAAUGCUUGUGCGUCGCAUCGCUUGCUCUGCUGGCUUCCCUCGUCUGGGUCCUGUAAGGCAGGAGGGGAGUCUGGAGCCGGCCCUGGCUGCCAUCAGCCCUGCAGAGAGGA